AUGGCCUUCGUGAUUCUCCUCUUUCUACUCUUUCCUUCACUAGCUUUUGCAGAAUCUCUCUCUCCUGCAGCUCUAUGCCACCAUUCCCCCCAACCUUCUUACUGCAUGUCCCUCCUUCCUCCUCAAAACGCCACCGUCCAUGACUCUUGUCGCUCCUCUAUCCUCCAGUCCUUAUUGCGAGCCCGCAGAUUCUUGAACUCCCUCGACCAACUUCUCCAACGGCGCUCUUCUUUGUCUGCUGUGGCGGUCGCUGACCUUGAAGAUUGCCGAACGCUUGCCGACCUCAACGUAGAUUUUCUCUCAAAUUCCUUGCAAAUUAUCAAUAAGGCGGCUGGGUCUCUAGCAGAUGUCGAAGUUGAAGGUGUUCAAACCAUGCUCAGUGCUGUUUUAACCAACCAUGAAACCUGCUUGGAAGGCCUCCAAGACACUUUCGUUUCCUCUCAUCCCAACCUUGUAAGAAAGCUGGUUUCCCCACUUACCGUCGACAAGAAGUUUUACGGAGCCUCUUUAUCCCUUUUUACAAAAGGUUGGGUCCCCGCCGUGAGUAAACAAAAACCUGAAUUAUCGCGACACCAUCCUCCCCAAGUGCAAGUUGUAUUCCGAGAUGGUCAUUUGUCUCUCGCGAUGUCGAACAGAACACGUGCUAUCUUCGAGGCUGCUAGUGGUAGAAAACUAGACCUGGCUUUUGCAGUUCCCAACAUGUUGCAUGUUAAAGACAUCGCGAUUGUAAGUAAAGACGGAACAGGUGACUUCACCACCAUCAACGAUGCCCUUUCUGCAGCUCCCGACGACUCUUCCUCUUCGGAAGGCUACUUCUUGAUCUAUGUCUCGGCCGGAGUUUACGAAGAAUACAUCUCCAUCGAUAAGAAAAAGACCUACUUGAUGAUGAUGGGAGAUGGUAUCAACAGAACUAUCAUCACAGGCAAUCAUAGCUAUGCAUAUAAGUGGCAUCCCUAUAGAUCUGCAACAUUCGCUGUGCACGGGAAGGGAUUCAUGGGAGUGAAUAUAACAUUUCGUAACACGGCAGGGCCGGAGAAUCACCAAGCGGUGGCAGUGCGGAACUCAGCAAAUUUGUCCUUGUUUUAUAGCUGCAGUUUUGAGGGAUACCAAGACACACUGUACGCACAUUCCAUGAAACAGUUCUACAGAGAAUGUGAUAUAUACGGGACGGUGGAUUUCAUAUGCGGGAAUGCGGCUGCCGUGUUCCAAAACUGCAAUAUUUAUGCUCGUAAGCCUAUGAGGAAACAGUUCAACGCCAUCACAGCACAAAGUCGAGAGAGCGAUGAUCAGAACACGGGCUUCUCAAUACAUAACUGCACAAUUAGAGCAGCGGAGGAUCUAGCAGGGACGGCGGCUACGUACCUAGGAAGGCCGUGGAAGCCACUGUCGAGGACGGUUUACAUGGAGAGCUUUAUGGACAACCUCAUAGACGGGGCUGGCUGGCACUUCUGGGACAAUGAUAGUGAGAGUCGAUUGGAUAGCCUGUAUUACGCAGAAUAUAAUAAUUCAGGUCCGGGAUCUAACACCUCACAUCGGGUCACUUGGAACGGUUAUCAUGUCAUUAACUCUUCCAUUGCUGCUGAUUUCACCGUCUCCAGGUUCUUGUUAGGGGAUUAUUGGCUGCCCCUCACUGGCGUCCCCUACACCGGUGGGUUAAUUAACUCCUGA